UUUUCGUUAGUGUUCCAGUCUAGUCACCCCAGGGUCCUCGAGGGAAAUGCUCAAUAGAAAUAGUUGCGGUUGUGUUAUUGUUGUAAUUUGUGUCGAAGGAUGACUGUCAAACUGGAUUUUGAAGAGUGUCUCAAAGACUCCCCCCGAUUCAGGGCCGCCAUUGAAGUGGUGGAAGUAGAUGUCUGUGAAUUGGAAACGCGAUUAGAGAAGCUGGUGAAGCAGUGCCACUCCAUGCUAGAGGCUGGCAGGGCCUACUGUCAGACGAGCAAGAGCUUUGUCACAGGGCUCAAAGAGCUGGGCCACCACUGUUCUGGGGACAACAUGAUGGGGGAGUGUUUGGAGAAAUUCUCCAAGAAGCUGGCAGUGAUUCUGGAAGCUCAGGGGGAAGUGAUUGAAAGCACACAGAAGUCGGUGAAGUUGAAGUUGCUGAGUUUUGUGAAAGAGGACGUGCGUCGGUUCAAGGAUGUGCGUAAGGAGUUUGAGCGGGGCAGUGAGAGUCUGGAGGCAGCAUUGGGGAGGAACGCUCAGGCCCCCCGGGGAAAACAGCACGAGGUAGAAGAGGUCAGCCAUGCCCUCCUCAACGCCCGCAAGACCUUCCGCUCCGGAGCCCUCGACUACGUACUGCAGAUCAAUGUCAUCGAGGCCAAGAAGAAGACCGACAUCCUGAUGGCGAUGGUGUCUAUGAUGGAGGCCCAGUCCCAGUUCUUCCAGCAAGGUCACCAGUCCCUCUCGGAGCUGGACGACUACCGCCGCACCCUGAGUGAAGAGCACACUCAACUAGUGUUGAAUUCCGCCAGGGAGAAGAGAGACAUGGAACAGAGACACGAGGCCAUUAAGAAAAAGGAUGUCUCCUACGAUAACUCCUUAAUGGAUUUCUGUGCUGAUGCCGCCAACGGUAUUGCCAUGGAGGGCUACCUGUAUAAGAGAGCUAGCAAUGCCUUCAAGACCUGGAGCAGGCGCUGGUUCUCUAUUCAGAAAAAUCAACUGGUCUAUCAGAAGAAAUUCAAGGAUCAGCCCACAGUAGUGAUUGAGGAUCUGCGUCUUUGUACAGUGAAGGUCUGCGUUGACAACGAGAGACGAUUCUGCUUCGAGGUGGUCUCUCCAUCCAAGAGCUGUCUGUUACAGGCAGACUCCGAGCGUCAGCAGCAGGGCUGGAUCAGUGCUGUCCAGAACAGCAUUGCUUCAGCCUUCCAGGAACGCAGAGAAGACCCACACUGUUCCAGGGAGUAUUGCAGCUCUGUGUCGGGAGGCAGCCCAGGAGGAGUAGGGCUGUGUGGGGAGCAGGAGAAGACGGGGGGCCGCGAGGCUCUGGAGGAGGUCCAGGCCAUCCCGGGGAACAUGCAGUGCUGCGACUGUGGAGAGCCCGGUCCGGACUGGGCCUCUAUCAACCUGGGGAUCACGCUCUGCAUCGUCUGCUCGGGGAUACACAGGAGUCUGGGCGUCCAUUUCUCCAAAGUACGCUCCCUCACCCUGGACUCCUGGGAACCAGAGCUGGUCCGGUUGAUGUGUGAGUUGGGAAACACAGCCAUCAACAGGAUCUACGAGGGGCGAAUUGAUGAGAUCACCAUCAAGAAACCUCACCCGUCCAGUCCAAGGGGUGAUAAGGAGUCGUGGAUUCGUUCUAAGUACGUGGAGAAGAAGUUCAUCCAGAAGCUCCCGGAGACGGGACGUAAAGCUCCCCUGCGGCGCUCCAGCGCCCGGAGGAACAGGGCUAACACCCAGGAGAGGCCAGCCGGGUCACGACCCCCACUCAAACCCAAACCCACCCGGGCCACCCUGCCACGACUCGCAGAUGAUGAAGAUGACGAAGAGGAGGACCUGUCUGGUCUUCAUCCCGGGGCGUUGUUAUAUCGGUCUGCAGCGCUGCAGCAUUUCCCUGUCAUGGCCGACGCCCUGGCCCACGGAGCUGACGUCAACUGGGUCAACACAGCCGAGGAGUCCAGCACCCCACUCCUACAGGCCGUCACCGCGAACUCCUUGGCAGCGUGUGAGUUCCUGCUACAGAACGGUGCCAAUGUCAACACAGCAGACAGCAACAGGAGAGGACCUCUACACCAUGCCACUAUACUGGGACACACUGGGCUUGUGUGUCUGUUCCUGAAGCGAGGGGCGGACUACAACGCCAGAGACAACACCCAGAAAGACCCCAUUACUAUCGCCGUGGAGACAGCCAACGCUGACAUCGUCACCCUGCUGCGAAUUGCCAAGAUGAACAAGGAGAUGCGGGAGAUGGAUGGAGCCUUUGGCCAACCAGGUGAUGAAACGUACCAGGACAUCUUCAGGGACUUCUCUCACAUGGCAUCUAACAACCCGGAGAAACUCAAGCGCCGCAGCACAGACUUUAAAACUUGACCUACCCAACAGCUGGUUCUUUUGUAUGCUGUUGUUAUGCUGUUUUCCUUCUUCUUUUUUUGUCACACACACGCCGACACAGACAAACACACACACACAUUUGCUGGCCACCUGCUCUGCGUUAGGUCAUUGCUCAGCUGGUGAUUACUUUAGUAGCGGCUCCGGUCCAACAGUAAUGUCUUUGUGUUUGGCUGCCAGAGGAGAACACUCGGGCUUAGUGGCUACAUGAGACACUUGUUGGAGGAGAUAGAAGAUGUACAGCCUAAUAAUGACAGCUAAUACAGUAAUAACUUUCCAUUGAUUGAUUUAUUUCCUAAUUUAAUUUGGUUAACCAUAGUCUAGCGGAGCCAUCCGACCCUAAUCUCGUUGACUUGACUAUAAGGCUAGGUUUCCCACAACUACUGUUGAACAAAAAAAAUAUAUUUUAAUAGCUGUGUUGCUUUCUGAUGAUCCUCCUCAAUGUAUUGUUGUGACAGAAAGAAAAGGAGGGAUAUGUUUGAAGCAAAGGGUUAAACAGUUGUAUGUGCUCUUAUACUUUUCUUCAUAAUUUUGGAUGUGAUGUUGUUUCUUUGUAUAUCAUGUUUAUUUUGGGGGGGGGGUCUAUUGACUGCAUGAGGUACAAGAGAUGUAUUUCUUGCGAAAAUUUAAAUACCAGAGUUCAUUUCAGUUUCUGUGUAAAGUCAUUCAGUGGACCUAAAUAUACUGGGUGUGUUCAAGCGGUAAGCCGAAAGAAGUCGACUAGACGAAAAUAGCGAGUGAAGUCGGGGGGAGGUGUAUCUGCGACAGCCAAAAGCAAGGCUCAGAUCAACAUGGCAAUGUCAACAUAGCUGCUAUAUAAAAGUUUUUCUUUAUAAAUGUCUAAAUAAACUUUUCUAUAACCCCAUAUCACA